GUUAGAGUAGGAGGUUAAGAGGGAAAAUAGAAGAAUGUCUCACAGGAAGAGGAGCUUCACUUUUGGAGCAUAUGGGGGAGUGGACAAAACCUUCUCCAGGUCAAGACAUAUUUGGAAACAAGAUGGCAGAAUCCCGCGAAUAUCUGACCCGUUAGAACGUCCUGGUCUGGUCAAGUCCUUUCCGCCAUCACCUGCUCCGACUCUUCUAAAGACAUCAGAUAUAUUUGCAAUGAUAGAGCGAAUACAGAGCAGUAGAAUGGACGAGCAGAGGUGCACUCUUCCACCUCCUCUCAAAACAGAGGAAGAUUACAUUCCAUAUCCCAGCGUCCAUGAGGUAUUGGGUCGUACAGGCCCUUUACCACUCAUUCUGCUGCCCCAGUUUGGGGGUUACUGGAUUGAAGGGACCAAUCAUGAUUUAGGCUCCUCCUCCACAGCAGAGGAACCGCCCCCUUGUCCCGCAUCACAGGUUAAACUGGAGACAAACAGCAUAGCCAAGAUCUACAGGAAACACUUCCUGGGCAAGGAGCACUUUAAUUAUUACUCAGUGGACAGCACUCUGGGCCACCUGGUCUUCUCGGUGAAGUAUGAUGUGAUUGGAGACCAGGAGCACCUUCGACUGUUGCUUAGGUCAAGGUUUAAAACCUACCAUGAUGUGAUACCAAUUUCUUGUCUGACCGAGUUCCCUAAUGUUGUGCAGAUGACGAAGCUUGUCUGUGAAGAGGUGAAUGUGGACCGAUUUUAUCCCAUCUUAUACCCAAAGGCAUCCAGACUUAUUGUGACCUUUGAUGAGCACGUCAUCAACAACAACUUCAAGUUUGGAGUCAUCUACCAGAAAUUUGCACAGACAUCAGAAGAGGAGCUAUUCGGAAACAGCGAGGAAAGUCCAGCUUUUGUUGAGUUUCUGGAGUUCUUGGGAGAGAAGAUUGAACUUCAUGAUUUUAAAGGCUUUCGUGGUGGCCUGGAUGUGACACAUGGUCAGACUGGAAUUGAGUCAGUCUACCACAACUUCCACAAUAAAGAGAUAAUGUUCCACGUGUCCACUAAGCUGCCAUAUACUGAAGGUGAUUCCCAGCAGCUCCAGAGGAAGAGGCAUAUAGGAAAUGACAUUGUGGCUAUUGUGUUCCAAGAAGAAAAUACACCAUUUGUACCCGAUAUGAUUGCAUCAAAUUUUCUUCACGCUUAUGUAGUGGUUCAAGUGGAGAACGCCUGCACUGAUAACGUCCUCUAUAAGGUAUCUGUGACGGCAAGAGAUGAUGUGCCUUUCUUUGGACCAGCCCUCCCAGACCCAGCUGUCUUUAAAAAGAGUCCAGAGUUUCAUGAGUUCCUCUUGACUAAACUGAUCAAUGCUGAAUAUUCCUGCUAUAAAGCAGAGAAGUUUGCCAAGCUGGAGGAGAGGACACGUUUUGCUCUGUUGGAGACUUUAUAUGAGGAGCUACACAUGAACAGCCAGUCCAUGAUGGGACUGGGAGGAGAUGAUGACAAACUGGAGAAUGGAGGAGGAGGAGGCGGUGGCUUCUUUGAGUCUUUCAAGCGAGUAAUACGCAAUAGAAGUCAGUCUAUGGAUGCCAUGGGCCUCAGUAACAAGAAACCGCACACCGUCUCCACCAGCCAGAGCGGAAGCUUUACACACAACCCCCCAGACACCCCCAAAACACCCGGCAUUUCCUUGAUUAUUCCUGGGAAAAGCCCAACCCGUAAGAAAUCUGGUCCAUUUAGUUCCAGGAGGAGCAGUGCCAUUGGGAUUGAGAACAUACAAGAAGUUCAGGAGAGAAGCAGUCGAGAGGUGUCCCCUAGUCCACAGAGGACAUCUGACAGUGGACACACCACUCAGGACCUCAGAUUAGACAACUCGUCCAGUCAGAGCUCACCUGAGAUGCAGAUCACUAAGAUUGGUUCGGCCCUGUGCUGUCGAGCUCCCUCGAUCCCUGAGUCUCAGGAUCUGUCUCGCUCCUCGUCCAAUGCCAGUAGCUUCACCAGCGUGGUGGAGGAGAACGAGCAGGAACAUGAAGUUACAGAGGACUAUGACACAGGACUGGAGAGUCUGUCUUCAGCCGGUACGCCUCACAAACGAGAUUCGUUUACAUACAGCAGCGUGUGGUUGGAAGACAGCCCUGGUACUACUAGUCAGAGCAGUUCACACGGUCCCUUUCGACAGCAAUCUGAACCUCGUCCUAAAACAGAGAGACAACACUCGAACUGCUAGCUGUCCUGUAGGCUGUAGAUGACUUCAUGGAUGUCCAUCAACAGCAUUUUCAUAAGCAGCCCUCUGCAGCGGACGCUCGACGUGCUCACAAGAGUUCCUGUGGAGACACGGAUGUGAAGGGGAGUGAACUGCUAGUUCCAGCCUGGAGGCGUACAGUCGGGCAAGUGUGCAUCAGAGUAUCAGCGCGCUCUUUUUAAGGACUCGACCCCCUUAUCUUCUAUCAUGUGGCUGUUGGUCUGUAGGCAAAAUAGCAAACCUGACCUGUUGAAGGCAGAAGAAGAACAGAGAAGAGCUGCCAGCAGGCGACAAAUCACGCAUGAUUAUGGCCUUAUCAUAGGCUGCUUUCUUUCUUUCUGUCCACAGUGGCCCUCAUUGUGUGGGUUUGGGUUUUAUUUGUCAUAUUUAUUUAUUUAUUGAGUUGAUCUUUUAGUAACGGGGGGUGGGUAAGCUGUCACAAGCUUUCGGCAUCUUUCAGAAUAACAAACGAGGUUCAACCUAAACCAAUCAUGCUUAAAAUACACAUGAACCCGCAAAGCACUGUAAUACACAUCUGUGUGUGGUUCUGUUUUGUUGCCUUUUGUGUCAUGAUGUAGUGAUGUUGAAAAUGAAUAUAGGUAAAUGUUAAAUGUUGUUCUUCAGUGUAGUUCUCUAUCUUCUGGUGUCAAGCACACAAGCCAUUUCCAGUCCCGUCCAAUAAAUGAAGCGUAGGCAUUAUAAUUUAUGAUCAAAUGAAUAGAUCAGGUGUGAGAUGCUGUACACUUUUUAAAUAGUAUUUAUUAAGAUUAUGCUGUUUUACUGAUCAACAUAUUUUGUAUGGCCACAGCUGUUUGUGGUCAAACUGACACGUGUGUAAACCGUACACUAAUGUAGUAGCCUCAUGUUUUAAAGCUAGCAGUGCGGAUUAAAUCAUCAAUGUCUCUCAUGUUUUGUGGUCCAAGGUCACAUAUAGUCCUACAGGCAGAGCAGAAUAAAAAUGUCCGAUAUAUUGAAGUCCUGAAGACCUUUUAGCUUAUAUGACAGGUGAGCAAUAUGAAUGUAAAACUGUAAGACACAUAUAUGAUAGUGGAUAUGAAUAAUGGAAAACACUAGGUCAGAAUAUAUUCAUCCAAUGCUUUAUGUUCGAUAGCAAAUGUUGGGCAUUUUAUUUUGUUUUCAAACACAAAUGCGUGUUAUAUUGAUUACAAACAAAAAUGUCCAUUUUAGAUCAUAUAAUCAAAAUAAUAUUUUAGUUUUUAAACAUAGCACUAUGGUGUUAAUGCUUUCCCAUUCAUCUCAA